UCAGCCGGUUCACUUGCCGCCAGCAAUGAAGAGCGACGAGAUCAUUGAGAAAAUCCGAAACAAGCUGAAGGAAUCGGACCCAGCCCGGCGGACUGUGGUCAAUACCUUUCAGUUUAACUUUACCGAUUCGGAUGGCAAUCUCAUCAAGAGCAUGGUCUUUGAUUUCAAAGCCCUGGACAUCUACGAGGGCUGUGCCUCUAGUGCAGAUGGACAGGUGACCAUUUCUGAUGAGGAUUUCUACUUGGUGGGCACGAAGCAGAAGACGUUUCAGGAGAUUUUGCAGCAGGAUAAGGCCAAAAUAGACGGCGAUGAGGAGGCCAUUAACAAGAUGCUGGAGAAGUUUCGCAUAAACACACAGAACUAGGGGUGAAUCAUAUCGAAAAUAUCAGAAAGUUUUAUAUAUCGAAAUAUAUCGAUAUUAUCGAAAGAAGAUUUACAAAGCUUUUGAUAAAUAAAUAUUCUUAAAGCCUUAAAUGAGGAUGUUAUUUUCAAAAAUAUUGCUUUUUUAACCCACCCCAUAUAGACUGCAAUUAAAUAAUAAAAAUUAAAUUAAAAAAAAA